AUGCUACUCGUGUUCUUCUUGACGUCGCUGCCGUCGACAGACUCCUGGUGCGUGCAGUGUGCGUCAGUGACGCUGUUCAACCAAUGGCAACUCACCGGUUUUGCACGCUAUCCAGCUAAUCUCCCAUUUACUCCGAGGUGUGCUUCAGUCGAAGAUGAUGACACUCUGUCGCCUACAAUGAACGUCACUCAGUGCUCCAGUGUCUGCUUCGAAAUGGUCAUUCCGUUUGAACACUCAUUUAUUACUGAAGAACUUGAUGAAUUGUAUUUGGCCAAGAAAAAUCCGUCGCAGUUGUCCGGACUCGUUUUAUUCGUUGGAGUUGACAUCGAAUGA